AUGUUGUUCAAGACUCCUUCUAUUGCUUUAGUUGCGACCAUUUUGACGGUCAUCCAGGCCGCACCCUUGACAGCCGAGACUUCGUCCAUUAAUCUAUCUUUAGCCAAUCCUACCUCGAUCACCCUUCCCGUUGUUAAGCCUGCCCAGACCAAUCCUACCAUCGCGGCUCCUACAAAGUCCGAAGCUUCGGUCAACGAGGAUCUCCAGGCCAUCAACACUGCUGAAGGAUCUGUAGAGGAUUUGAAUGCCAACGUGUCCGAGGAAGGUGCAAACUCCAAAUGCGGCUGGAACUGUUGGGGCAAUUGCCGAUGUCCCUGGUGGUGUAAAAACUGGUGCAACAAUUGGUGUCCAUGGUGGUGCUAA